AUGCAGGGGGUCGGAAGACGUAUAUACGCUACAGCAACAGACGCAGCAGCAGCAGCAGAUGCUGCAGCAGCAAUUGCAACAGCGGCAGCAGAUGCAGCAGCAGCAGAUGCUGCAGCAGCAGGGGCAGCAGCAGCAGAUGCAGCAGCAGAUGCAGUAUGUGAAGCAGCAGCAGUUACAGCAGGUGCAGCAGAUGCGGCAACAGCAGCAGCAGAUGCAGCAGCAGCAGCAGCAGAGGCAGUAGGUGCAACAGAUGCAGCAGAUGCAGCAGCAGAGAAGCGUCGAUCAGCAGCAGCAGCUGCUGCUCCAGCUGCCCCUCUGGCGUCUGUUGCUGCAGCACCUCCACAAAAGCAGCAGCAGCAGCAUCAGCAGCAAGAACCCCAACAGCAGCAGCAGCAGCAGCAGCAGCAGCAGCAAGAAUUCCCACAACAACAGCAACGGCAGCAGGAAAAGGUUGACUCCUUGCUGCAGGAGCUGCGUUCUGACAGGACCCAGGCAGCAGCAGCAGGAGCAACAGAAGCAGCAGCAGCAGCUGCUGCUGCGCCAGCAUCAGCAGCAGCAGCACCAUCAGCAGCAGCUCGAGCAGAAGCGGCAGCAGAAUCGGCAGCAGCAGCACGAGGAGAAACAGCAGCAGCAGCAGCAGUAGCAGACGUAGCAGCAGCAGAAGCAACAGCAGCAGCAGCAGAAGAAGAAGCAGCAGCAGAAGUAGCAGCAGCAGCAGCAGCAGCAUCAGGACAGAGCAAGAAGCAGCAUUUGCUGCGCCGCUUGACACCGUUGGCUUUGACUUGGUGCCGUGUUGCUGCUGCAUUUGGGGUGUAUAUACAGCUGUUCGUUCCUGCUGCUGCUGCUGCUGCUGCUCCUUCAGCAGCAGCAAUUAUAUUUGCUGCUGCUGCAGCAACUGACUGGCUAGAUGGGUACUUAGCGCGGCGUUGGGGUGUAUGUACACCUGCAGGUGCAGCACUAGAUGCUGCAGCAGAUAAGCUGCUGGUUGUUGCUGCUCUUGGUGGGGUUUCUGCUGCUGCUGCUGCUGCUGCAGCUGCUCCCCCUGCUGCUGCUACUGCAGCAGCAGCAGCAGCAGCAGCAGAAAAAGGCAUGGCGCUCGUGCGGUUGCUGCAGCCUGCAGUAUCUUUGCUGCUGCUGCGCGAAGUAUUUGUGCAGGCGUUGCGGCAGCAGCUGCAGCAGCAGCAGCGGGAGCAUGUUGCUGCUGUUUCUUAUUUAGGAAAGGUGAAGACAGCAGCAGAGAUGUUCUCCUUGACUCUGCUGCUGCUGCUGCUGCCGCAGCAGCAGCAGCAGCAGCAAACUCACGUGGGAAGGUCGGCAGCAGCAGCAGCAGCAGCAGCAGCAGCUGGCUGGUCCUCGAAGGCGUUUUCUUUGCUGCUGCAGCACCCUGCUGCAGCAGCGAAAUCAGUAGCCACAGCAGCAGCAGCAGCAGCAGCAGCAGCAACUUGCAGCCUCAGGUCUCUCUUGGGGCUUCCGGUGCACAUACCUCCUCAGCCUUCUCUCUUAGCUUGCUGCAGCAAGGUGCUGCAGCAGGCAGGAGCAGCAGCAGCAGCCGCUGCUGCUGCUGUACUCUGCAGUGUAGACAGAUUUGCUGCGGCGGCCAGCGACAUGCAGCUGCUGCCUCCUGCUGCUGCUUGCAACAAGGCUGCUGCUGCACUUGCUGCUGCUGCUGCUGCGGGGGAUCGCUCGCUGCCUGUACGGCUGGGGCUCCGCACAGCAGCAGCAGCAGCAACAGCAGCAGCAGCAGCUUCGCGGGGUGUUGCAGCAGCAGCAACAACAGCAGCAGCAGCAGGGCAGCGUCUCUGCAUGCACCCUCGUUUAAAAGCUUUUGCUGCUGCUGUGGGGAGACGCCGAUUGGUGCGGCCCUUUGUUGCUGCUGGAUCUGCAGCAGCAACAGCAGCAGCAGCAGCAGCAAACAGCAGCAGGGAUGCACUGCGGUCAAAAGUAGCAGCAGCAGCAGAAACAGCAGCAGCAGCAGCAGCAGCUCAGACGUAG